UGGGAUGUUGCUUCCAUCGGGACCAAAACAAGAAAACGCAACUACAUAUACCGUGCGGGUGCAGGGUCUCAGAAAUUAGUCGCCGUAUCCUCGUUCCCCCAUAAGAAGUGCAAGUUGAACACGCAUGGAAGUCAAUGCUGUCCUUAUUAGUCCCUCACGAGCUGUCAGGGGGGAUCCAGGCCAGCGGAAACGGAGCACUUGGUUUAUUGGGGCGUUGCUUCCUCACGAGACAGGCACAAAGGUCACGCCAGAGCUGAGAUCGGCGUAUCUUUGCCUGGUGACAGGGUGCGCGCGCGAAUCAUCGGGCUCACCACUCCCAUUGCACGUAUCAUCUACGGGUAGCUUUCAGCCCGACCUUAAUGGUCCCCGGCUGGCACAUUACUGCUGUGUCGAUUGGACGCGCGGACACCGUGUGAGAAUCUCGGGCCAAACCAUUCGUAAGCAUCAGUUCGCGAUGAGCCGGUCAUGCAAUCCUCAAGAAAGGACUUGGACAAACCGACUUGUGAGCGACUCAGAAAAGAAUGCCCUGUCCAAGCAUUUCUGCGGAAGGAAAAAGAGGGACCAGUAUGGCAAAGAACGGUUCACCAAAACGUGAUUGAGAGCGGUUGCCAUUGGAAC